AUGACCAUCGAAAUAACGUCCUACAAGCCAACCCCAGGGGGACUCACCUCACUCCACUCCACGUUACAAGAAGCAAUUUUGCAAUACUCAGAAGAUACAUCAGAGUCAAAGAGCAGGGUGUCUCUGAAACAGAUCGAGGUUACCUCGCAAAGGCUGGCACAACGCGUCGUGGAGCCAAGACAGGCUUUGAUCGCGUUCCAUUUCCAACCUUACAAGGUUCUCCGUGUCCGGCUGGUAAUCGAGAUGGGUCUUUUCGACAAUUUACCUACCCGAGCACCCUUCACAUUACAAGACUUGAGCAAACAUGCAGGGACAGGCCCGGAAUUUACUGGCCGUAUUGUACGGGCUCUCGCGACAUUGGAUAUGUUCGAAGAGGCGGGCGAAGGAGCCUUCAGAUACGCCGCAUUAUCCCGGGAAUGGACCAAUAAGUUCAUGCAAUCAUACACUCGGCAUUCCUGGGACAGUGUCAUUAAAUCGAUGUCCCUAUACGUUGAUUUCUUCAACACCACGGGUUUCAUGGGCUCCUCCGACAAGAUGAACUCACCAUACGCAUUUUCAAAGGGAGCCAAGGACAUCAACAUUUUCAAUCUACUACAGCAGGAUCCCAAAGCCGCCAAAACUUUCAAUGAAGCCAUGACAAGUUUCAGGGACCCUUUAAGGGAAAUUAUAUGA